GUGCUCUUGCCCUUCACAAUUUCCGAUGGUCAAGGUGUCUGAGGGGAAAUACCGUAUUGGCGACACGCGCGUCCUGAUCUUCGUCAGGAUUCUCCGUAACCACGUGAUGGUGCGCGUCGGCGGAGGAGGGACACCCUCGAGCAUUACCUGGACAAGCACGAUCCCUGCAGGUGUCGUCAAGGUCACCGCACGGCCCUGUCUUCCCGCGUGGGCUUCAAGACGUCGAGUAGCGGACAGGAGAGGCAACUCAUGAACGUCACGUAUGAGAGGUGUGACGAAGGCUACGUGCCCUCCUCUCCGUCGCCGCGUCGCCGAUCGAGCGCCAGCGGCCGAGGAAUCAGGCGAGAUC